AUGGCCUCCCCUCCACAGUGGAGCAGGGAGUUCUCCAAGCAGCGAGUCGCACAACUCACCAAACUCGGCAAAGCCACAAACUGGGCCAAAGCUCUCAGUCUCGUGGCUGACCACGCCCAGAAGGGCCCAGACCUCGAUGUCUUUGCCGUUGGAGCGAGCAUUCGUGCGUGCGAGCCUUCUGCACAAUGGGACGUCGCUCUGUCUCUGCUGUCACUGGGCCGUGCAAGUCGAGUCGUUCUGAAUGACGUCGCGUACAACAUUGCCAUUAGCGUGUGUGACAAGGCCAAGAGGUGGGAUCAAGCCAUUCUACUUAUCCUGGACAUGGAGGCUAAUCAUGUGCAAACGGAUGUGAUCACUUGGAGUGCUUUGGUCAGUGCUUUUGCCAAGGGCCAGCAGUGGGAACAGGCCCUGGAAGUCCUGCAAUCACUGCCAUUGCGGCAAGUGACACCAAAUGGGAUGACAUACAGUGCUGCAAUCAGUGCAUGCACGGCCGCGACGCCGUGGCCUUGGGCCCUUGAGAUUGCAGAGGUCAUGCAGCAGCAGAGGCUGGAAGCUGAUUCUGUUGUGCAAACAGCCAUGAUCACCGCCUGCGGCUUCGGUGCGAAGUGGGAAGAAUGCAUCGCUAUUGUGGCUGCUAUGCAAGGUGAGUCACUUCGGCAAAUAACUUGCAAUGCGUUCAUGACCUCUUUGCAGAGGGCCGGACAAUGGACUCGGGUCCUCGAUGUGCUUCGUGAGGUGCAGCAGAAGGCUGGCAUUUGGAAGAACUGCACCCUUGACUCCUUCUCUUGCUCGGCUGCCAUAGCAGCAUGCGGCACCGGCGGCCACUGGCAGGAGGCUGUGGGCCUCUUUGUGCGGACUCCAGUGCAGUCAGUGGUUCUACUGAACGUGGCCAUAGUGGCUUGCGGUGAGAACUCCCAGUGGCAAUGGGUUCUGCAGUUGUUGAGCUACAGCCUUUUCAAUCGCUUGAUGCCAGACACCAUAUCGUGCAACUCCGCCAUCACAGCAUGCCAGAUGUGCGGACGCUGGCAGGAGGCAGAGACGAUCCUAGAGGAGAUGUCAAGACAGGUGAGCGCUGCGCCGGACCGGAUCACGCUGAACGCCUUUGUCACUGCUUGUGGGGUCGCUCAACGAUGGCAGCGGGGCAUUUCAGCCUUGGUCGGUGAACUUUCGGCUUUCAGCGGUAUAGAGCCUGACACAGUAAGCUGCAACGCCGCUCUGGCUGGAUGCCAAGCACAGUGGAGACAGUGCGGGGCUAUUCUGGAGUUUGCAGCUGCAGCAGGCAUCAUCAUCGAUGAGGUGGGGUGCUCUGCUGCCAUUACCGCUUUCGAUCGUGGCCAUUCCUGGGAGCGUGCAAGCCUAGCUCUGUGCGCGAUGCGUUCACUUGGCCAGAACAUAGUGGCUACGAACUCUGUGCUCGCUGCGUACGAGAAGGUCGGUCGAUGGGACUCUGCACUUGCCCUGCUUUACCGACUCAAUAUGCAUCAGUUGGAAGCAGAUCGAGUUAGCUUCAACAGCUGCACUAGCUGCUGUGAGAAAAGCCUGUUCUGGUGGCAAGCUAUUGAUGUCUUCCAAAACAAGAUGCAGUACGACUUGAUCAGCUUCAACGUGCUUCUGCGCUCGUGCAUGCAUGCGGCCGAUUGGGAGGCGGCUGUAGCUUUGCUGGCAAGGAUGGAGGAGGAAGCGCUGCAGCCGACAGAGAUGAGUCUGGCUCCUGCGAUCGAGGCGCUGGUAGAAAACCAACGAGUUACCUCGACUUGUGACCUCCUCUAUCAGCUGCAGGACCAAGCACUUCUAUCAACCCUGGGCGGAUACUCAAAAAGCAAAAAAGCAGGCACUUCCGGUCUAGGCAGCGGGAUUGUCUCAAAUGCAAAGCAGCUAUCGACUCCGGAGCUCGGCGACUUCGCGGUGCCACACUGGGGCUACGUGCAAAUCCAUGAGGCGGAAAGGGCAGCGGAAGCAGCCAACUUGAGACGACGUACGGCAACCCCGCCGCCGCCUCGGCCGCAUGAGCGCCGAGCUGGCGUGACGCCAUCUUUGGAGGAAGUCUCCAGUGUCAGCGGGGAGGAGGAUGUGGCGUGGGCUGGAGAUGCUGCGCAAGCACGUUGCAAGACCUCCAAAACCGCCGCCGCCAAGGAGGCAGAAGCCUCGAAGCAGUGGCCCAGUAUCCAUCAGCGCAGCAUCAUCGCAGUAGCGCUGUCGUCAUGCGCUUUGCUGCUAGCAGUUGGCCCAGCGGCAUACUGCUGGCUGAAUCAGGGCCGGGCAGAGCUCGCCGACUCGUAUCGAGGAACUGCCCACCCACUCGGUGAGACGGAUUCCUGCCACACUGGGCAGGAGGCUGCUCCCAUCAGCCAUCACCAUCGACCGGCAUUGUACCUGGGACGUGACUACGUCAAUGAGGUAGCAUCUGGAGGCAUCAAUGGCCUGCUGAUGAUGGUUGCAACAGUGGUUGCCGGAAUCGGAAUAGACAUGCCUGGUCAGCAAAUCCUAGCUCUUGGUGCUGCGAGCCUCGUGUCUUACGCAUUCUCCAUGGGCUUCGGCGCUUUCGUGGUGGAGGAGGCCAAAGAAGGCUUUGCCACAAGCCAACUGCAGGAAGAGUAUGAGGAGGUACGCAGCAUGCCGCAGUCGGAAGUGGACGAGAUGAUCUGCCACUACAGGAAGCGUGGGCUGUCUGACCAGGACGCAAACGCCGUGGCGAAGAUCCUGUCGCAGUACGAGGACUUUUGGGUUCAUCACAUGAUGGCCGAAGAGCUGGGCAUCCAACUUCCCAGAGGAGACGCCUAUGCGAUGCAGUCCGGUCUUGCCACUGGGAUGUCCUUCUUGUUCUUCGGCAUGGUGCCUCUUCUUGGCCUUGCAGUUUCCACUCUUCUGCGGAGAUGUGUUGGGCCAGAGUGGUACAGACCGCAGUUCUCCACCGCAAUGUCGCUAGCCUUGAGUGCCACAGCACUGUUGACGCUCGGCGCCUUCGUCAGCCGAGUGGUGGGAAGCCGCACGCCCAUCAUUAGUGGCCUGAUGAUCAUGGCCAAUGGCUUUGCAGCGUCAAUCAUGGCUUUCGCUGUGAGUCAGAUGCUCGUUUCUGCCGGCGGUAAGGGGGCCUCGCCCUCCCAAGAGAGACCUCGCCAGUUGGACCCUUCUGCAACAUCCUCUCCGGCGGAAGCAGGAAGGUACUGCCUGGACCGAAGUGGCAGUGCAGGGUCCACACCGGGCCAGGGUCCGACGGAGUCGCAGGCCUGGCCAACUUUCAGACAUCAGUUUGUACACUGCAGUUCCAUGCUGUGGGUUUCGGUGUGCUCGGCCAUCGUGGCCUGGCAAGCGACGACGAGAGCAGCAAGUGCUUACGAGCGUAUGCACUGGGAGGUCAUGCGUGUCUUCGCAUACGGCCUGUUGACUUGCCUGACAACAGGACUCGGGGCUGUCCCGUUCCUGUUUGUGCAUCCUGGCCACAUUGGAAUCUGGGGCUUGUCCGUGGCCAACGCAGUGGCCGCCGGCAUGAUGCUGGCAGCGUCUUCCGGCAUGCUGCUCGAGGCUCACGAGCACUGUGGGUUUCUGGACUGGCAGAUCUUCGCCGGACUUCUGGCAGGUGGGCUUUUCAUCAGAGCGAGCGAGGGCCUGCAUGGCGACGACGAGGAAGAGGAGUCGGAGAUCGCCGCAUUGCACGAAGCGCUCGUCGAGAGGAAGCAAUGGCGAAAAGCCAUGCUUAUCUUCACCGUGAUGUUCUGCCACUCUGCAGCGGAAGGUAUCGCGGUGGGCGUGGCCUUCAGCAGGCGAUUGAACCAUGAGUUCGGGGUCUACAUCUCCUUGCUCCUUGCCGUGCACAACGUUCCUGAGGGCCUCGCGGUUGCACUUGUUCUGGUUCCACGUGGAGUUUCUGCGACCCUAACAGCUCUGAUUGCUAUCUUGACAAGUGUCCCACAGCCGCCACUGGCCCUAGCUGCGUUCCUCUUUGUGGAAGUGGGCUCCCAAGUGUCGACUUUCGUGCGCUGUCUCCUUCAGUCUCUGGGUGCGCUGCUUGCUGUACCGGAAACGACUUGUCGAGAAGGGAUCUACUCAAAAGGUUGGCUCGUUUUCGUGAAGCUCAAAAUCUCAGCUGCAGACGGCUCUGCCCCUGAAGGCCGGAAGAGGACGGCUUUUUUGGAAGAUCUUGAAUAUCCAGAAAGGUUCGAUGCUGCCGCAGCUGCUCUAAUCGUAUCCCGGUUUUUCAAUGGCUGCUGCCACUGGGGCUUGCAUUUGCUGCAGGCGGGGCUGGAGCUUUCCUACACUGAUGCCACUCCCCAGGACCCUGGUUCUACUUUCAAGACGCAGACCGCUUCUGCGGAAGGUCGGCUUGAAGAUGUGAAGCUGCUACUCCAACAGGUCUCUGUAAAUGCGAAGAACGACUCGGGAAGUACUCCGCUCCAUGAGGCGGCCUUCGCCGGGCACGUCGAGGUUUGUGCCGUUCUGCUGGCGCACGGCGCCGAGGUGACAGAGCUUGACCAAUGGGGUGCCACAGCUUUGCACCACGCAGCCACCAGAGGUCAACGUGCUGUAGCGCGACUUCUCCUGGCGAGCCAGGCAGACGUAAAUGCAAUGACAAGCAACUUGCACAUGCCGAUCGACUUGGCGCAGGCGAAAGGCCAUCUUGACCUUGCCGCAGAGCUUCAACAAGAAUCCCUGCGAUGUCAGGAGGUCAGCAACAUUCAUCAAAGGAAGGCAUGCUUCAGAUGGUCCGCAACCUUUGCCGGUACCUUCGUGGUGUUGCUUGCCGGUCCAGAACUCCCGACGGAGGAUCCAGGAUUGGACAGUCGUUCACACCUGAGCAGCGGAGCGUGCGACAUCCAAAAUCUGGAGUGCACAGCUCAUGGCCACAAGAGGGGCGUGAUCAUGAGCUUGCAGAUGCUGGCCGCAGCUUAA